AUGCCGACACUCCUCGACCAUGUCGACCGCUUCACUUAUACCGCUCAGACAAUAAAAUCAGUAACGAAGGCAGCGUCCGAGCUCCAUCCAUCUCCCUACGUACGCGCGGUCUUGCGCACACCACUCGGCGAUCUUGCGCGCGACGUUGAUACGUCUGAACUUGGUCUCUUCACUCUUGUACCCGACGCGUCUCCUCUCUCAGCACCGAGCGAUGAUGUUGGUGCAUCGGCUGCACAAAAAGGCUCCGUGGCACGUGUUGAGUUUCCUGGUGCAACUCCGCUCCGAAAGCCUGCUGGUGCAUCUAAGCAUGGUCGUCGCGAGAAUGACAAGGAGCCUGAAGUGUAUGCGGAAGCUGCACUCAAGUACCUUGACCGCUAUCAAUCAAUUCGACCAAUGCCUCGGGCACGUCAAGAAGUAGUGGCCAUUAUUGAGCGACUUAAUUCGAUUCGCAGCGAUAUUGCAUCGCUAAAUGAGACUACUGAUCACAAAACCGAACCGGAUUCACAACCUGAACCAACAAUCCACGAUGAAGAGAAACGCAUCCAGGAACUCAACAUGCGGAUUAAACAGUUAAAAGCAAGAAAAGAGGUCCUUCUCAAGAAGCAAAAUGUACAUGACUCUCCGGCUGUCGAGGCAGCGAAAGACAAAGAAGAAGACGCAUUCUGGUCAGACCCAGCCACUUCUCGUAAACCUCGCACGGGACGCAAAAGCCUCCUCAUUCCGACACUAGCACGAGGCACUGUUGGACCAGAUGAUAGCUUGCUCCUUGACGCUCAUGUUAAGGUCGACCUGGGUGCCAUGCUCGGUGACGUAUCUAUGAACUCGCUUGCGGAUGCGGCGCCAACACCGCUACCACCUUCACGGACGACGCAGACUAGUGGAGAAAAACAAAAAAGAGAUCCAGCGUCGGUACCAUUGCCCUCGUGCUCUCCUUCUCCAGCUCCAGUUUCUGGAUUGAAUGGAGAUGCAUCCGUGGAAGCGCCAUUAGUAGAUGACAGUAUUAAUAUAGCAGAUGAAGGAGAUACUACCGUAAUAUUAACCAAACCAAACCGUCCACCUUCACCUCCUCCCCGUGCCGCAACACCUCCAGCCAUGCCAUCAACGCCAUCAAGGGCUCCAGAGACACCGGGACCUCAAAUAAACGCGACACCAGGACCUGGAGUGACUGCGACUCCUGGCACAGCAAAGAUAGGCCGUGUCAAAAUUACUAUGGAUACUGAACGGAUUGCUGCAAAGAUCUGGUCUACAGUAGGAGACAUCAUCAUGCCAGGGCAUCCGUUCAACACUGCAGCUGCUGCAACGACGAAUAAACCACCUCGUGCAAAAGAGACAGUAGCCCUCCUUCAAAACCUUUCCACGCAGAAACCACCACCCGCAUCGCCAGCCGUCUCUCACUCCACCCUAUCCUUUACCACCGAUCCGUCAACACAAAGUAUACACGCUAUUCUGACUGCGCACCUACUGCUUGCGCUUAUCAACGCCGUUCCACGUCAUGGUAUGCCACUUGCCGCUGCGAAAGCUGUCCUUGCUGAGGCAAAUAAGGGUCUAAGUAGCGGAGCGCCAGUGGAUCCAAUGGACGAAAGUCUUGGGCUGCUGGGUGGGGGCGAUAAGGCGAUGGAGACGCGUGCAUUAUACGGUUGUGUAGCAAAACGAUUAUUGAAGAUUGAUCGGACUGGGCGAGAGCAGCUUGUUAAAUUUAAUGUAUGA